UACAUACGUCAACGCGAACGCAGAGUACCAUCGAAUAGCAAGUGACGCCAUUUUUCAAGAAUAAAGGGCUUCCGUCACGUCUAAAUCAGCUCGGAAAUUCCCGUUUUGGAACUGAAUUCUUGCUCACGUGCAUCAGCUGAUGUGAGAGGGGAUUAUCAAGUUCCACUGGGGCAAAGCUGAGAAUUACUUGACAUCCCUAUACGAGUACCAGCCAUGGCAGACUUCUUUGACAGCGAAGCAGAGGUGUCCGACGAUGAAGACAUCAAGCUGAGCAGUGAUGAGGAGGAUGAAGAGGAAGGCGAAGGUGAGAAUGAGAAUCUGGACGACCUGAUCAAUGACGAGGAUGAAGAGGAGGACCAGCGUGGGUCAGACUCGGAGGGAGAGAUCGGCAAGAAGAAGAAACGCAAACGCAGAGAAAUUGAUGACAGACUUGAAGAUGAUGAUUAUGAGCUGAUUGAAGAGAACACAGGAUUCAAGGUGGACAGGAAAAAGUUCCGUCGUUUGAGGCAGAUCUCGGAUGAGGAGGACAGCGAGGAUGAGGAAGGGAUCUCUGGGCCGCAGGCGGAGGCCACCCAACGAGACGCCAUCGCCAAGGAGAUCUUCCAAGACGACAUCGAAGGAGAAGAUGACGAACCACCGGAAGAAGGAGAGAUCCGUGAACCAGCUCCUGAACAUGACCAGUAUGCUGAGAUUGAGUCAGAUGAAGAAGAGUCAGAUCCAGAUGAUUUUAUCGUGGAUGAUGAAGGCCAACCCAUUGCCAGAAGGAAGAAGAAAGGUCACAAAAGUCACAGAUACACCGACUCAGCCUUACAAGAAGCCCAAGACAUCUUUGGUCUGGACUUUGACUUUGAAGAGUUCAAUCAGUAUGGUGAGGAUUACGAGGAAGCGUUGGAGGAAGAUUCAGAGUAUGAGGAUGAAGAAGAGGAUGUUGACCUGGGUGACGAAGGACCAAGAAGAGUCCGGAAAACUGGCAAGAAACGAACCUCCAAGAAGAGCAUCUAUGAUGUGUUUGAGCCAAGUGACUUGGAGAGGGGUCACUUUACCGACAUCGACAAUGAAAUCCGGGCAACUGACAUACCAGAGAGACUACAGCUUCGCCGGGUACCAGUCACCAAAGCAGACGACGCUGAACUUGAUGAGGAAGCUGAUUGGAUCUACAGACAGGCCUUCCUGACGCCACCAGUCUCCAAUCAGGAAUACUCUGAGCAGGACAGUGGCUAUGGUUCUGGCUAUGAGAGGAAGCCGCCUCGCACCAAGAACCGAAUCAGAGAGGCUCUGCAUUUCAUGCGCAAUCAGCACUUCGAGGUGCCAUUCAUCGCCUUCUACAGAAAGGAGUACGUGGAACCUGAGCUGAACUUCAAUGAUCUUUACAGAGUGUACCAUUGGGAUGAGAAGUGGUGUCAGCUGAAGAAUCGCAAGGCUAACCUGAAGAAGCUGUUUGAGAAGAUGCAGGCCUAUCAGUUUGAUCAGAUGAGCACAGAGGAACUACUACCGGACUCAGUCAGACCACUGACAGAGACGGACCUGGACAGACUGAACGACGUAGACUCCAUGGACAAGCUGAAGGACGUCUACAUGCACUUCCUGCUGUACUACGGCCGGGACAUCCCCAAGAUGCACAACGCCCUCAAGAAGUCCAAGAAGAAGACCGGGAGGACCAAGCUGGUCCGACGGCCGGCCAAGAAGAUGGUCAAGGUCAUGGUCCGGAGACCAAAGAUGAAGAAACCCAAGGAGAACGAGGAUGAUGACAGUGAUGAUGACAAAGAUUGGACCGAAGAGGAUGCCAAAAAGGAUGAGGAAUCUGAUUCUGAGGAGGAGGAGGUUGAGACCGAGGAGGAGGUAGACACUGAGGAAGAGGUUGAGGUAGAAGUCGACGAGGAUGGCAAUGAGCAGACAGAGGAUGGGACCAGUCAUCAGAUCAAGCAGGCUACCAGGAAGUCUAUGUAUGCCAUCUGUCAAGAGGCUGGACUCGAUGCCCUGGCCAAGAAGUUUGGUCUGACCCCGGAGCAGUUUGGUGAGAACCUACGGGAUAACUACCAGCGCUACGACCCAGAGCAGCACCCAGUGGAGCCAGCUGAAACGGCUAAGGACUUCAUCGGCAGCAAGUUCCAGUCAGAGGAGUCUGUGAUGAAGGCGGCAUGCUACAUGGUGGCCUUGCAACUAGCCCAUGAUCCCCUGGUGCGCCAGUGUGUCCGGCAGACCUAUUACGAGAGAGCCAAGAUCAGUAUCCGCCCAACCAAGAAGGGAAUGAAGGAAAUUGAUGAGACCCACCCAUCUUACGGAUGUAAAUACCUGAAGAACAAACCCGUCAAGGAUCUGUUCGGCGAUAAAUACUUGAAACUCCUGCAAGCGGAGGACGAGAAACUCCUCAAGAUCACCAUGGAUAUCGACCUGGACAAAAGCAGUGACAGCAGCUACCAGAGCCAAUCCUACUUUGAGGAUAUCAAGCAGCUGUACUACCGAGACGAGUUCAGCCACACCGUUCAGGAAUGGAACAAGGAGCGCAGCGCCGCCAUCGAGACAGCGCUCUACAAGAUCCUAUACCCUGAGAUGGCUAAAGAGCUCAAGAGCAGGCUGGUGCAGGAGGCUAAGGAGGGCAUCAUCAAGAUGUGUUGUCGGAAGAUGUUUGAUUGGCUGAAGGUGAUGCCAUUCCAAGCUGACCAGCAGCUGGAGGAAGAUGAGGAUGAUUAUCUGGAUGGUCAGGGUCACGUGGGGCUACGCGUCAUGGGGCUGGCAUUCACCAGUGAAAUGGACAAUGCUGCAUUCUGUGUCCUGAUUGACGGGGAUGGGGAAGUGGUAGACUUCUUAAGACUGCCCCACUUACUGCGCCGGACCAACAGCUACUACCAGCGGGACCGGGAGCUGAAGCAGGCUGACAUGGAGGCGCUCAAAGAGUUCCUGUCCAGCAAGAAGCCGCACGUGGUAGCCGUAGCCUCAGAAUCAAGGGUGACCCUGGGUGUGAUCAAGGACGUCCAGCAGUGCGUAUCAGACCUAGAAGCAGAGCAGCAGAUUGCACCAAUCAGCGUCCAGCUAGUGGACUCCAACGUGGCGCAGGUGUACUCUGCCACCAACAUGGCUGAAAGUGAGUUCAGGAAGUACCCCCAGCUGUUACGUCAGGCCAUCUCGGUAGCCCGCAGGCUGCAGGAUCCCAUGGUGGAACUGGCCAGACUCUGCAACUCAGACGAGGAUCUCAUGUGUCUCAAAUUCCAUCCCAUGCAGGACUCAGUGAGCAGGGAGGAGUUACAGGAAGCCUUGCAUCAAGAGUUCAUCUACAGGGUCAACGAGGUGGGCGUGGAUAUCAACAGGGCCAUGGCUCAUGCACACUCUCAAAGCUUGGUGCAGUUCAUCUGUGGUCUGGGACCACGUAAAGGACACUCCAUCUUAAGGACUUUGAAGCAGCAGAACCAGCGUCUAGAGAAUCGCAAUCAGCUGGUGACAGUCUGCAAGCUGGGCCCUAAGGUCUUCAUCAACUGUGCAGGAUUCAUCCGGAUUGACACAGCCUCUCUCGGAGACAGCUCGGACUCAUACAUUGAGGUCCUGGACAGCACCCGUAUCCACAACGAGACCUACGAGUGGGCUCGUAAGAUGGCCGUGGAUGCCUUGGAGUACGACGAAUCGGCUGACGAUGCCAACCCGGCCGAAGCGCUGGAAGAGAUCCUGGAUAAUCCAGACAAGCUGAAGGAUCUGGAUCUGGAUGCGUUCGCCGAGGAGCUGGAAAGACAGGGUUAUGGCAAUAAGAGUAUCACCCUGUAUGAUAUCCGAGCUGAGCUGAACAAUCGCUACAAGGAUCUGCGCACACCUUACCACCCAGCCUCCGCUGAAGAAACCUUCAGUAUGCUGACUAAAGAGACACCAGACACCUUCUACAGAGGUAAGAUGGUCUUGUGCACAGUGACCGGUAUCGCCCGGCGACGGCCUCAGAAGGACCAGCUAGACCAAGCUAACCCAGUCAGGAAUGAUGAGACAGGGCUGUGGCAGUGCCCAUUCUGCCAGCAAGACAACUUCCCUGAACUCAGUGAGGUGUGGAGCCAUUUUGACGGUGGUGACUGCCCUGGGCGAUCCGUGGGUGUCCGAACCCGCCUAGAUAACGGCAUCGCUGGAUUCAUCCCUACCAAGAUGAUCAGCGACAAGCAAGUCAAUAGCCCAGAGGAGAGGGUCAAGGUUGGCAUGACAUUACACUGUCGCAUCACCAAGAUCGAGAUCGAGCACUUCCGCGUGGACCUGACCAGCCGUAGCUCGGACCUCCAAGAUAAGAGCGGAGAAUUUGCCCCGCCGCGGGACACGUUCUUUGAUCACACUCUGUAUGAGAAGGACCAACGCAAGGAUGAAGAGAGCAAGAAGAAGGUAGCUCAAGCAUACACGAAGCGAGUUAUUGUCCACCCCUCCUUCCACAACAUCACCUUCAAGGACGCAGAGAAGCUUCUGGUCAACAUGGAUCUGGGAGAAGUGGUGAUCAGACCCAGCAGCAAGGGUUCAGAUCACCUGACAACCACAUGGAAGGUGGAUGAGGGAAUCUAUGCCCACAUUGACGUCAGAGAAGAAGGCAAGGAGAACGCCUUCAGUCUUGGCACGUCACUCUGGAUAGGAAGCGAGGAGUUUGAAGACUUGGACGAAAUCAUCGCCCGCCACGUCCAGCCCAUGGCGGCCUACGUGAGGGACACCAUGCAGCAUAAGUACUACCGGGACACCGAGGGCGGCAAACGCGACGCCAUGGAGAAGGUGAUUAGUGCAGAGAAACGCAAGCAGCCCUCACGCAUCCCCUACUUCAUGAGCUUCUCAAAGGAGUAUCCCGGCAAGUUCUUAUUGUCCUAUCAGCCACGUAGCAAGGUCAGGCAUGAGUACGUGACCAUCACACCGGAAGGCUAUCGCUACCGGGGGCAGAUCCACCAAUCAAUCAACGCCCUACAUCGAUGGUUCAAGGAACACUUCAGGGACCCUAUACCUGGUGUGACCCCAGCCAGCAUCCAUCGCACUCCCAUGGUGGCUGCUCCAGAGAGAACACCGGCAGUCUACAGCUACAUGGGCACGCCCAUGAUCCAGAAAUCGGGCGCCGGCUACAGCCAACUCUAUGCCACGCCCAGCAUGAGCAUAGCCACGCCCCGCCAGACACCCGGUGCCACGCCCCAAAUCAAUGCCGCCGCCCGCUACGGAGCCUACUCUGGGACAUACUCCAACAUUCCAUCCUAUGCCACGCCCCAGAACAACCCACUAGCCACGCCCCUGAUGACACCCUCAUACCAGGCAAUGCAGACCCCCUCACAGGGUCCCAUUCGCACCCCGCAGAUCAACCCCAUGCGCACCCCGCAGAUCAACCCCCUGCGCACCCCACAGACCAACACCAACCCCAUGCGCACCCCGCAGCAGAACCCCAUGCGCACCCCUCAGCACGCCCCAGCGGGCUCCACCACCCCUCAGAUCAACCAGAUGCGGACCCCUCAGUACCAGCCCACCCCCAAGCAGAGUUGGGGCAGCAGCUCAUCGGCCUCAGCCUCGGCCACGGCUCAGCAGGUGGUCAACGCACUGAAGCAGCAGCUACAACGAACUGGUGGACCAAGAUCCAACGCCGCGUCUGUUGACUGGGCCAGCCAGGCCGCCCAGUGGGCCUCCAGACGACAGGACCAGACCAAGGGCAAGAACCCCCAGGCCAGCCCCGCCAACCCCUCAUCCCGUUCCUCUUACCAUCCCAGUCCCAGGAAUUACCCCCAGCCUAGCCCCAAGAGCUACUCCCAUCGCAGCCCCAAACCCUCCCCGUACCCAGAGCCCAGCCCCAUGUCCAUCUCCACCACCCCGGCGCAUAGCGUGGGUGGGGACGCUACUCCACUCUUCGACGAGACUUAGGUUGCACCCUUAGCCCAGUUGGUGCCCAAAAACCCAUUUUGUACCUAGAGCAGGCACCUUGUGCCUAGUGUGAGUGGGGAUGCCACUCCACUCAUGACCAGAUGUAGGUUGCAUCCUUAGCCCAGUCGGUACCCAAAAACCCAUUUUGUACCUAGAGCAGGCCCCUGUUGCCUAGCAUGGGUGGGGAUCCCAAUCCACUUAUGACUAGAUGUAGGUUGCACCCUUAGCCCAGUCAGUACCCAAAAACCCAUUUUGUACCUAGAGCAGGCCACUGGUGGCUUGUAUGGGUGGGGAUGCCAUUCCACUUAUGACGAGAUGCAGGUUGCACUCUUAGCCCAGUCAGUACCCAAAUCUUGUACCUAUAGCAGGCUCCUGUUCAACUCCGCCACCCCGCACCCAGUAUGGAUGGGGACUCACACCUCUCAUGGGCAAGACUUGGGUUGCACCCUUUGCCCAGUCAGUCCUAAAAAUUCACAGGUUGUACCCAUGUAGAUUCUUUGGGUGGAAUCCACCACUCCUGAACCAACUUUGGAAAGAGUUCGCUGUAAUCCAUAUUAUGAAUGAUUAACGAUGUAGUUUGGUCCCAGAUUUGGCCAUUAGUGUUCAAAUCUAUGCGAAAUCAUGUUAGUUCACAGUUGCUGUUGCAUUUUGGCAUUGUGUCAGUUUUUGCGGAUUCCCCCGACCACCAACCACCCCCUUCCCCAACCCCAAACACCCCCACCCCCAACCUUCCCCUACGCCAGAUUACAGUAUUGUUAAAUCUUGAUUGUCAGUGUACCGAGGCUUUGCAAAUUAAUGCUGUACGUGUAUAUUUAAUACUUCAUCUUUGCUCAAGCAAUGUUUUUGUAAUACUAAUGUACAUGCAAUUAACCCUUUGCUUGAUCAGUCUCAGACUGUCUUACGUUUUAUAGUCCACUUCCUCUGCCAUGCAUUUGUAUACAGUUUAGUUAAAAAAAACCAGUCAGAUCACUUUCGUGUUAAAACAAUCUGACUAGUCAAAUCCCAUCAACAGACAAAAGAGGUAACUGGUAGGUACAGCUGGCAUAUCAAUCACCUCCAGUCAAAGCAUGGAUAUGUGAAGUUAAGAAAGGGGAUUCCGUAACUUGAAAACAGUCACUUGCAGUAAGUUUGUCUGCUGUGAUGGCGUAGCUGAAAUUACCAGCCAGAGAGGCUUGUGCAUUUGCUAAAGCAUUUGUGCAGAGAUGCCUGCUUGGUCACAGACCCUUUGUACUGUGUGCCGUUACUAAAGACAGAUUUUGAAAUAUAAAUUCAGUAACAGAAGAAAGUACACUGCGUCUUCAUGUGUAUCACAAAGGAACAAAGAUGUGCCCUUGGAUCUGACAUCACAUGCAAAGGGUCUAUUGGGUGCAUUCGAGUAUCAUAAUUUAAGAGUGACACGCUAACAUGAAAUUUUGUCCCUGCUAAAAAAAAAACACAGAAAAAUUACUGUAAAUGUAAUAUUUAAUGGAGGUUAUUUGUGAGUUUGGGCUCAAUUUACUAUUGAGCAGGUUGUGUAUGAUUUAGUGACAUCUUCACAACAGAAGGUUUUAGUGUAUACAUUAAAUAUGAUUUCAUUUUGUGCCUACAGCUAACGACUUGUAUUAUAAAAAGGAAAAAAAAUGUACAGUAACUGACUGCUUAGAUAGCUGUAGUGUUGGAAAUAUACACAUUACUGUUGUUAUUUAGAUGGUUCUGCAGUACACAACUUUAAAUUCCAAUCCUGAAGUUUGGUUGAUGAUAUCUCGGCUGUUGAAAAAUCGGACAAAUCGUAAACUUUUUAAAACGCUGACGUUUUGUUUAAGACAGUAAGGUCUCUUUCCUUGUUGGUAAUGUUUUGAGAUGUGUCUUGUAUUUAUUUGAUAUUUUUUUUUAAUUUGUUUCUUGCAUUGGUUCACCAAAAAUAAUGAGUGAACUUGGUAAUGCUGUUUAGUUCGUAAUGUAAGAAAAUGAAGUUGUUUAUUUUCUAUGUCUGGAGAUUUCCACUCGUUGAACUCAAUAAUUAGUAUUUGACGAAGUUUGGCAUGUCGGAAAAUGUCCAGCAGGGUAACUCUACAAAAUUCAGGUCCAAAAGCAUGACAUUUUUGUUCCUGUCCCUGUUACCUUGGUACUUUGUAAUUUGCCAUUCAAGUAUCAUUAAGAAUGACUUCAAACUAUUUUUUUAUUUUGUAGGGUAAUUGUGUGCUAUUGAUAAUCACUCUUGGAGGACGACUGCAUUCCGGAGAGCAUCCGUAUUUAUCAAUCAUAGAUGUCAGAUGUAACAGGGAACAGAAAAAAAGUGGACCCCAAAUGUAUACAAUGACUCAGCUGCAGAUGUUGGCAAAUCGAGAAUUUGCCUUUACCACGAAAGAGGUUCAUUAAAUUAAAACAGUUUUUAAACUUUCGUUUUACCCGCCAAUCAUGAUCAAUAUUGAAAAAACCCAAAUCACUUCUCAGUUUCAAUUGUGUAACAUGUUGUUUUUAUUUUAUUUUAUUUUUUAAAUAUUGCAGUCCGUGAGAAAGUAGUACAGUACAGUGGAUAAAUCGACUGCAGUCAUUCUAUUUUUCAUUAAAGCUCUAAACAGUGUUUCUGUAAGGAUUUCACAAUUUUUGCGUAAGCUAUGUCAAAUAAAUUUGAUAUCUAUCAAAUAAAUUGAA